GACGCCUCGCUCGACGCCCAGGAAGAGAAACAGCGCACAUCUAUCGCCACAAGUUUAAAAAUGACGAUUCAUCUACCUUUUUAACGCGUCUACUGUCGUGUUUCUUAUUCCUGUAGCGCUAUUGCGGGUAAUAAUGCUGGAUGGUUGGACUAAUGAAGUUCAGUUUGGAUCUCUGCCGGUUACUGGGGCUCAGUGGCUCCAGUGAUGAGAGAACAGAAGAGAUGGACAUGAAUGCCAUUCAUGAGCAGAAUGAUGACACGCUUUCACAGGAUGUCUUAAUUGGUGAGGAGGGUCUCAGUGAAGAGGAGAAGGCCAGACGGAAAGCAGAAAGGCGCAAAGCCAAGAGGAAGCGUCAACGGCAGCGGAAGAAACUAGAGCGGGUUAAGAAGGACGAAAGUACUGAACAGGAAGAGGAGGAGGAGGAGGAAGAUGAUGCAGGCCCUGAUUCGGAGCUGGAUGAGUCUGAAGAGUCUGAGCUGGAGGAAGUGGUCGUUUCAAAGGUGGAAGAGAAGCCUGUGGCUCUUCUAAGUAAAAGUCCUUCUGGACCUCCGUUAGCUUCUGGAAACAAAAGCAACCGGCAGCAGGGGGCCCGUUCUGGUGAGGAGGACCCAGGGUGGGAUGUGAAUAGUGCUUUUGUUGCUAAUGCUGUCAGUCACAUUCGACCCAAAGCUAAAAGUAAAGUGAAGUCGAAAGAGAACAAGGAAAAUGAGAGCAGGCCUGCAGAAGUCAUUGGCUUUUCAGAAGCUAAAACUAAAAGAAGUGCUUCACUAGUAGAAAAAGGGAUUCGAUUUGUUCAGGAGGGUCAGUACACGCAAGCUGUCAGUCUGUUUACAGAGGCCAUCAAAUGUGACCCCAAAGACUACAGGUUUUUUGGGAAUCGCUCCUACUGCUACUGUUGUCUGGAGCAGUAUCCUCUGGCUCUUGCUGAUGCUGAGAAAUCUAUCCAGAUGGCUCCUGAUUGGCCCAAAGGUUAUUACCGUAGGGGAAGUGCACUAAUGGGGCUUAAGAGGUACAGUGAAUCUGAGAAAGCCAUGGAACAGGUGCUCAAACUGGAUGGAGAUUGUGAAGAAGCCGUCAAUGACCUCUUGUACUGUAAAGUGCAACAACUUACGGAGCUUGGAUAUGAUGAGGAGCAGAGUAUUCAGUUGCUGGAAAAAUAUAAUACAGUGCAGGCCGUUGUUGCAGCCAAGGCAUCAAAUCAGGACUGUGCUCUCCUUCAACUUGGUCCUUGCAAUUCCCUUUGGGUGGGCAACGUGACCACAGAACUGACAGAGAAACAUCUGCGGGACCUCUUUAAAAUUUACGGAGAGAUUGACAGCAUUCGGGUGCUGCAUGAACGUUUCUGUGCGUUUGUUAACUUUAAGAAUGCCAACAUGGCCUCCCGUGCAAUGGAGAAACUCAAUGGACAUUUUAUUGAGAAUACUCGACUAGUGGUUCGAUAUCCAGAUCGACGGAUUCAGAGAGUCCUGCCUACACCUGCUAUGCAACAACCUCCUGGAGCUGCUGGACCAAGACGCAGAGGUCCUGUCAACGGAGAUGAGUGUUACUUCUGGAGGACCACCGGCUGUCAUUUUGGAGAUAGGUGUCGCUAUAAGCACAUUCCCGAUCACAGAGGCAAAGACUGGCAACCUUGAAUCAACACUAGCCUUACUUUCUCCCCCCCUAAGAACUCGACCGCAUGACUGUAGGGCACUGUAAUCUUCACUUUGAUUAGCUGUAGGUCAGGACCAGUAUUGUGGAUCAGAGUCUUGAGGUCAGAGAUUCCCCCCUCCCUCUUGGACGAAUUCACUGUCAGUCUCUGAACCUCAUGGGGAUUCAAAGCAGACGGGUCCCUGGGAAAAAGUGUCUUUUGAGGUGGGGUUUGGGUGGUGCAGAGUGCCAGAGCAUCGCUGUACCGCAUCGCCGUCUGCUGAGGUUUAACACGGCCUCUCAUAUCCAACGCUCUCUUCUUUUUUCCUGUGCCAACACCACCAAUCCAACCAAUCCAAAGAAGAGUUGCAGAGCUGGUCUGACAUUUGAGUUCAUCCCGAGAGAAGAGAAUGGCUUUCAAUAUAUAUAUAUUUUUUGCGUGUGAGGUCGCAGAGUUUGAAGUGAAUCGUACCAAAGAAUAAUACAGUGCUAUACACUGAGAAACAAAAAGGCUUUCAGGGAAAGUGAGCGUAUUUGUAAAUGCAAGUGUGUUUUAGAAUUCCACCACCUCAAACACACUCCAGCUGUUCAUUCAAGUUUGCAGUCUUUGUAAUUGGACUAAAGAUGUAUUCUCUCGCAGAUUUAAGGCAUGUCAGUAUUGUGAAGGGUUAGAGCAAUGUUUGAAUUUAGCAAAAUCAUUUUCAGUUCUUUUCUUUUUUUUCUCCUUGCAGUCUUGCACUUUACCGUGUCGGAUAAUGAGCUUGGGCAUUUAAAGUUGGCGACAGGUUGUUCCUCCAGCAUAUGGUGGAUGUAGAUUUAUUUUAUCUUCAUUUUUUCAAGAGUAGAGGUUUGGUCAGAAUAGUUUUGAAAGGUAUUGAUGAUCUGUGGUCAUCUGUGAUAUUUUGUUCAUGGUGUUUUCCGAUGGCAUGCUGUUGCCAUUUAAAUGAUAUUUACAUUUAUCUACGACAGUGUUUCUCAACCACGUUCCUGGAGGCUCACCAACACUGCAUGUUUUGGAUGCCGUCUUUGUUUGUCACGCUCAUUACAGGUCUUUCAGUCUCUGCUAAUAAGCUGAUGAUCUGAAUCAGGAGUGUUUGGUUAGAGACAUGGAAAAUGUGCAGAGCUGGUGGUUCUCCAGGAAUGUGGUUGAGAAACACUGAUUUACGACUAUGAAUAUGAACUUGGAUUAAUGGUUUUCCGUUUAAGGGUUAGUUCAGGACAAAAUGAACGUUCUUGUACUCGCAUGUUAUCCACUCAUGUCAUUCCAAACCUAUAAGAAAUAUUUUCAUCCUUGGAACACAAAUGAAAGCUUUUAAUGAAAUCUGAGAGAUUUGUGUGACCAAAAUAUCAAAAAUAUUUAUAAUGAGUUUCAAAAAUGGAUUAAUAUAUAUAUAAGGCGUCGAAAGAGUAACAAUCGCACUUAUGAUGGUCUGGUUGAAUGUAGAAUUGUAUUCGUAUAAACGUUUAUCACUAAUAUAGUUAAAUCUUAGUGGUUCUUGCAUAAACUGAAAAUUCCAUGUGACAUGCAAGAUUGAACCUUAUUGGUUCUCACUCGUCAAGCAAGCAUGAUUGAGCAGUUUCAAACAUUAUUCGCUGAUUAAUGAUUUAUAUUGUGACUGGAAGCCUAAUUUAAGACAGAAGACGUUAAUUGAGCUCCUUGAAUCUUAUAAAAUAAUUGAUAUGAAUUUAUUUUUUUUUUUGGAUCUUUUUUUUCAAAGUGUCAACUUUCUUUUUUAGUGAAUGCACGUUCAAUGGAGACACAAAAGUCACCCAGAUUUGAUUAAAAAAAGAUUAAUGAUGUUUUUUAAUGGGUUUGGAACAACUUGAUGGUGAGUAGAUGCCAACAUUAUCAUUUUGGGGUGAACUAACCCUUUAAGGCACAGGUGUCAAAUCCAGUGGAUGGCCGCAGCUCUUCACAGUUUAGUUCCAACCCUGCUUCAACACACUUACCUGUAGGUUUUUAAACAAAACUGAAGGGCUAAAUUAGUUGCUCAGGUGUGUUUAAUUAGGCUUGUAACUAAACUAUGUAGAGCUGUGGCCCUCCAGGAACUGGCUUUGACACAUGCGCUUUAAGGUUUCAGUUAUAGACUGAGUCAUGCUGCUCCACACAAUGCAGAAAAUCGUGUGGUUUUCUGUAUAUCUUACGCAAGAAGUCUGAGACACAGGAAACUCUUGCAUUUGGCACUUUUCAUGCCGUCAGCACAAAUUUGACUGGGUGGUUUUCAUCAUUUCCUCUUUUAUUUAAUGUUCCUGUUCUGGGUACAGUGGGAGAGAAGGAAGUCGGCUGUUUGAGACUAUUGGUCAUGUCUUCCUCCUCAUGACAUCUUGUACAACAGCAUGCACAUUUUUAUCUUGCAAUAUUCUUUAUUUCGAUGCAUUUGAAAACUCGUAUGACCUUCGAUGUUGUGCUAGUCUGACACUCAUAACCAAAGAAACACUAAUGUUUACCUAUAGUGUACCACAAACAUGUCUGCUAUUUUUGUACAUUACACUAUUAAGGACGUGUCAGUUUAUGAUUUCUUUAGAUAUGACUGCAUGACUUCUAUGCAGUUUGUAGUCACACUAGUGGUUUUAGUUGUAUUGGGCUUCUUUUGGCUCUAUUUGACAGUCCAGAGUGCCUUAAAACAUUAGCUUUCCUGACAGAUGAGUUAUUUUAGCAUUAAUAUUUAAGUCUCGCUCCCAUUUAAUAUUUAAGCAAGAUGGGGGACAAAAUGCUAAACUUUGAACAUUGUAGCGUGUCCAGAGUAAUGUCAGUUUUGUUGGCUUGGGAUGGAGGCGUACAGCUGUGGUUCUCAUUCUUGUUUUUAGGUUUUAUAAGACACCUGUAUGGUCAAAUAAAUUAUUUUAAUGAUUUUGUUUCUUUGAGGAGUCACACAACAAUAGCAGCUCCUCACGCUGUUUUGCUGCUCAAAGAGCGCUUAAUAGUUUAAAUGUGCAUUAAAGGACAUUUAUCACUCGAA